AUGAAUUCAGCCGACGGCGAACCUCGUGUGUCUUACUUGGAGACUUUCCGGCCUGGAUAUCCCAGGUAUUCAGCGUUAUUGAGCACACACGCAUCAUUUCAGAAGUUCCGUCGAUUCACAGAAGUGCGGAUGCGACUUCUGUUGCUAAAACAAGACGAGAUAUCUGUUCUCGAGCAAGCGCUGAGCCGUGCCGAUGCCGAUGAACCUCAUGGGCUAUUUUUAGGUUGCGCUCGUCGUGACCAGAAUUCUACUCGCAAAAGAAUUCUGGACGAGCUGAGAACGCAUCUCGCCGAAUAUGAUACUAUGUUGCAGCAGACCCAAUGGGUCCAGUCCCUGUCUGACUCCAGUGCAAGGGAUAUUCAAAGUCUGCAGAAUUGGGUGCAAGGAACCGGCUGUAUCGCGCGAGAAGAAAGGAAGUACCUGGAUCAUGACCAAGACCUGGCGAGUUUGGUGACGCCCCCUGAUAUUGCCGUCGAGCGUACAUUGCCUUUGUUGGAAGACUUUCUAUGCUUUCUUCAACGGACAAGUCGAAGACUCUCAUUCUCUCCGGCGACAAGAAAGAAUCACUACAUUACAGAGGACGAAAAUAUUUUCAUUGUCGGUCCUUGGAUACGCCGCGUCAGCCAAGCUAUUGCAACAUGGAUGGCCACACUCGCUCUUCUGACUCCGAUUAUUAUUCUCUUUGUUACAACAAGUCCAGUCGCGCGGCUAGUCACUAUCAUUGUCGCCGCUGGGGUAUCCCUAACAACCAUGUCCCUGUUCACCGGAGCAAAAACCAUGGAGAUAUUCAUUGCCGGGGCGGGCUAUGCAGCGGUUCUCGUUGUGUUUACAUCGGCUAGCAACACGUUGUUCUCCACACAGGAGUGUUCUUGUCCCUAAGCUUUUAUUGCAUGAGAUGGUAAAACGAGGCAAAACCGGCCGGACAGAGUGGUAGACCAGUGGCCGACUUGAUGUCGAGCUAUUUGAAGUUAAUGUGAUCAUGGCCCCUCUAGUCUUAGAGGUACUCAAUCUUCCGCGGAGAUGACGAGAAUAUGAUAUGGCACGCCACCUGUGCAGCUGAAUUCAGUUGAACAGCCUCUCAUGAGCUCUCUUAAUUGUAACAAAAAGAACCUUCCAGCUUGACUAGGAAGGAAUGGGUUCCACACCG